AUGCAAAGGGAGUCGGCCUUGCCAUGGAGACAUGAAGGACUGUCAUCUCGUCUUUAUGUUGCCGUACCCAUGAACGAGGAGUCCGACGAGGAACGCGAGGAGCCGACGAGUUUCCCAUGUGACUGCAGCACGUUGCCCGACCUCGGCGACUUUGGGGAGGACUCCUGCAACCUAGAGCUCGUACGGUGCGAGGCCUUCGUCCGCCUCGCCGCGCUCGAUCCUAAGCUGGGUACCUUCCGUGUGCGGAUGAAGUGCAUCUGGGCCUUCCGGACGCACAAUUCGCGCGAGGACGCCGAGCUGCACCUGCGCGGGGUCCCGGGCAUCCGCAUGCCUGGCGUCUUGGAGGUCGUCGAGGAGAGCAGGGUCUGGAAGGACCUCACCUUCAGCGGGUCCCUGCAGACGACGGGCAACACUGUGCUCUGGAGGGGCAUCUCUCUGUUCACUAUCCGAAGGGGGGGGCUUUCGAGAUGA